AGGGCAGUUCCAGUCAUUUCACAACUAUCAACGGUACAUAUACUAUCUGGCCGGCUCGUCUCGCGUGUGACAGCAGCAGUCGCUCAAAAAAACAAAAUGAACUCUUCGCUCCCUCUCAGACGGCCACUUCGCACCCACUCUCUAAUUCCACUUCAAAAUCACAAAUCCGCGCGUUUCAAGCUCCAAUCCUCUCGUUUCGUUAACUCCUCAAUCCAAAACUGCUCUAGAACCGUUUCAUUUUCACCGAGUUCGAUCCCAACUCAACCACGAUUCAAUGGCUCAGUCGAAUUUCGUACAGUCCCGUCCUUGCGAGUUAGGGUUUCAUCGAACGACGCACAGUUCGGUUCGUUAAACGAAGAUUGCGAGCCGAAGGCGCCGAGUUUUAGAGAGUUUAUAACAUCAGAGAGGAUUAAAGUGGUGUCCAUGCUUGCUCUGGCACUGGCUCUAUGUAAUGCUGAUCGUGUGGUCAUGUCGGUGGCGAUUGUACCUUUGUCUCUUGCUCAUGGUUGGAGCCGAUCCUUCUCUGGUGUUGUUCAGUCAUCUUUCCUGUGGGGAUACCUAAUUUCACCUAUAGCGGGAGGGACGCUAGUGGAUUAUUAUGGUGGUAAGGUGGUGAUGGGAUGGGGAGUUGCUUUGUGGUCAUUAGCUACAUUUCUUACUCCAUGGGCUGCAGAUACUUCGUUAUGGGCUCUACUUGCUACACGAGCGAUGCUUGGCAUUGCUGAAGGUGUGGCUCUUCCUUGUAUGAACAACAUGAUAGCAAGAUGGUUCCCACAGACAGAACGAGCCAGGGCUGUUGGGAUUGCAAUGGCUGGAUUUCAAUUUGGAAAUGCAAUAGGACUCAUGCUAUCUCCAAUCCUAAUGUCAAAAGGUGGUAUAUUUGGGCCGUUUGUGAUUUUUGGACUAUCUGGAUUCCUGUGGGUUUUGGUUUGGUUAUCUGCAAUAUCAAGUACUCCUGACCGCAGUUCCCAGAUAUCAAAAUAUGAAUUGGAGUACAUAUCAAACAAGGGCUGGAAAUCAUUUCCCAUGGAGAAUAAGCCCACGACAAACAGAAUAAUCCCUCCUUUCAGGCGCUUGCUCUCGAAGAUGCCAACCUGGUCCCUAAUUAUUGCCAAUGCCAUGCAUAGCUGGGGAUUUUUUGUUAUUCUCUCCUGGAUGCCCAUUUAUUUUAACACAAUAUAUCAUGUUGACCUCAAACAAGCAGCAUGGUUUAGUGCCGUUCCAUGGAGUGUGAUGGGAUUUAUGGGAUACUUUGGCGGUAUGUGGUCAGACAUGUUGAUACGCAGUGGUAUAAGUGUCACUUUGACUCGAAAAAUCAUGCAGUCAAUUGGCUUUUUUGGUCCUGGGAUUGCUCUUGCUGGUUUGACAACUGCUAGAAAUCCAUUUCUUGCAUCUGCUUGGCUAACUAUAGCUGUUGGACUAAAGUCUUUUAGUCAUUCAGGUUUUCUCGUGAAUCUUCAGGAGAUUGCUCCACGUUAUUCUGGUGUUCUACAUGGAAUAUCAAAUACUGCUGGAACAUUAGCAGCCAUUGUGGGAACAGUUGGAGCUGGUUUCUUUGUUGAACUAGUGGGUUCUUUCCGUGGAUUUCUGUUGCUCACAUCACUCUUAUAUUUUCUCAGUGCUCUUUUCUACAACAUCUUCUCCACUGGAGAGAGAGUAAAUUUCGAUGAAAAUGGUCCCUGAAUGAGUUUGAAACCAUUCUCCAUUCACUAUUAGUUUAUGAUGGACCGUGAUGUGAAGAGUCUAGCAAUUGCAACUGAGGAACUGGAGAUGUCCAAUAAUGCUAGCGAAGGUUGUGCAGUGGGAAUUGUCAUCUCCCAUCCUAAGAGAUAGGCUGUUAAGUCUGAUUCUUCUUGUCUUCUCUUACCAGUAUAAAAUCAAAGAAUGUACAGUGGCUGCUUGUGUAAAUCCCUCUGCGUCUUCCAGGCUUCUGUUUCUGGUGCGAUGUUGUUUUCAACCAGCAAAAUGUGAGGUCUUCUGAGGUAUGCUCCUAGGUCACUUCAUCCGCAUAACAGUUCUUCCCAUCUGGUUGGCUUAUUCUCUGAAGAAAUUCUCUUCCUCUUCACUCUGAAAGCUUUUACGUUCUGGUACUACUUUAUUACAUUAUGUUUUCGUUGUUUCAUUUCUGGUGUGCUCAAAUGCAACAACCAUAACCAAGCGAGGUUAUAAGAGUGUUGACAAUUCGAACUGC